AUGCAAAAUAAAGAAAUUUUACACAAAGUUUUUGACUUCUAUUGCAAAUAAUAAUAUGUUUAGGGAUAAUUUGCCAGCUUCGAAAGAUAAUAAUAUGAAGCAUCUAUAUUUACUAUUGGUAAGUGGAUGCACUUUUGUAGAGAUUUUUAAGUGAAAUGCAAUAGUGCUAGAUUAUUAGAGCUAUUCAAAAAACAAGCCAAACAUUCUAAAGAACUUGAUUUUGAUUAGUUUAUUUAAUUAUUAAAUGUCUUAGCUGUUGAAUAAGAAGUUGAUUUUGGGUAAUACUAAUCAAAUUUAGGAUUAGACAAUUGGAAGGUUUGUGUUUCAAAAAUGAAAACUUUCUAAAGACCAUUUUAAAUGAAAGAUUAAUAUGAAAGAAUUAAAGAUAUCAAAUAUCAAUUUAAAAUAUAUCAUCCAGAGGUCAAAAAUGAUGAAUAAAUCAAAUAAAUUUUAUUAUAAAGGAAACAAUAAAAUGAAUAAUUAAAGCUCAUAGAAAGAAAAAAGAAAGCAUUUUACAAAUUGUAAUUUGAAUUAAAACAUUUUACUAAAUCUUAACUUUUAAGUAAGUACCCAACUUUAUAGGAACUUAUUGAAAAACUACCCGAUCCUUCUAAGUCUAAGAUUUAAUCUAAUUCCAAUAAGGAACAAGAUUAGAAUUCAAAUAUAUCUUAACAAAUGUAAUCUGCCAUUACGUGGGAAAAUUUAAAUUAUUUACCACUGGCAAAAGAUUUUCUUACUGAUUUAAUGGAAUAAGAAUAAGAAGAUGAUGAUGAUUAAUACUUAAAGGAAUAUUAAGAACAAAAAUAAGUUGAGAAUUCUCCAAAAAAAUUAAUAUCAAAUAAUAGAUAUAAUAGUAUAUAGGAUUAUCAAAAUGAGAGAGAACAAAGGUCUUUCUCAGAUCAUAAAUAAAUUAUUAAGGGUAAAAGAUAUGAAGAAUUAUAUCCAAUAGAAAGAUAAUUAGAUAAGAGUAAAAUAUUUAAAUUAAAAACAACAAGCAAUCAUUCAGAGAGCAACAAUAUCAUAUCCUUAUAAUAAAUUGAUUCAAAUUUAAUUAGAUAACAAAUCUUAAGACAGUAAAAAUAGUAAUUACAGAAUCAGAACUAUUCAGUUGAAUUACCAAGAUAGAAUUUAUCAUAAGAAUAUUCUGAUAUUCCUUUUUUAAAAGAAAAGCCUACUACAAAUAAAUUAAAUAUUUCAAUGCUAAAGAGAGUCUAAUAACUUUCUGGAUUGGAGACAAUUAAGGAAUAGAAUUUACUAAAUAAAAUAAUUUCUUAGUAGAGAGAAAAAACAAAAAUUGCCUAGAAAUGA